AUGAGCAAUGAAACACAAUUAAAAGGGACGCCAGCAUUCAAUCAAUUACUUCUUGAUUGUCAUCAUUCUCCUUCGCUCCCUCUUCUUCCUCUUCCUCACCACAACUGCACACCUCAGCUUCAAAACAUUUCCGACGUCAAAGACGAUUGUCAAGUCGUUAGCAAAAUUAAAAAUAUUCAAAUUAGCAGCAGAACUGACAGCGAUUCGAGUGAUUACGACGCGGUGUUUGAACAGCGGUUGGAUAGCGAAUUUUCCGACAAAUGUGUUGAUUUAAAUGAAAUCUUCGUUCAAAAGUUGAAAAGAUUUUCACAUUUGGAUAACCAUAAUGAGGAUUACAAAAACAAAACAUCCUUGAGGCGAAAUUCAAUUUGUUUGGAUGACGACUCAUCAAAAGUUGUUAUUGACAGUUUUUUAUGUAAAGAGACAAAACACUUAAGUUUAAGUAAAACGGAAUUGAGCAAAGAUCAGAGUAAAAUAAGACCAAAAAGUUUGCGGUUGACAAACUGCUUCGAAGAUCAAAUGAACGAGGAGAAAGUGCCAAAGAAAAGUUCACAGCGCCAACAAAGAGCGACACCUUCCCCUUCAACAACUUCCUCUCCCUCUUUAUCGGCACAAUACAAAACACACCAAACAAACCAGAGAGCCCAGUUGCAGCAGCAGGAGACGGUGGAGGAGCAGAGUGAACAGGACAUCAACGCCAUCCUCGAGGAAGGCUUCAGACUCCUAUCAUGGUUUAAUGCUGUUACCACCCAAAUAACAAAUAGCAAACAUUUACUGAUCCACGCAUCUCCCGUCAAUGACUUCGCCAGAAAAUUUCUGUAA